CAAAAGAAAUUCUUAUCAUCGUUUACCUGUUAAUAUGACAUAGAGAUCAAAAAAAUUGAAUGAAUCUCCGUCAUGUUGGGGUAUAAAGCUGCGUCUUCCUCUUUAAAAUUAGCUUUGGGACUACAAUUAUUUUCUUUUUGGAUACAAAUUAUAGCUUAUGCGACUCCUUAUUGGGCUACGAAAGAUGUUGAUUACGCUGGACUAUGGAAAGCCUGUAAUAAAUUAAAAACUGAGUGGACUUGUUAUGAAAGAUUCAAUGUUUGGGUAGCAAGCUGGUUGCACGUCGUUCAAAUAUUCAUGACUCUAACGAUAACUCUCCACUUUGUCACCCUCCUCUGUAUUUUGUGCUAUUUGUUUCAGAAACCGUUGAACAAUUCGAGAAUCUAUGAACUACAAGCGUCACUACUUCACAACACAGGAAACCCUAAUGCGGACUCGUCAACAAGCACAAAUCCAUCAUUUUUCAGAAACUAUAGAGAAAAUUUUGGCAGUAAAUCGUCGCCUUUAUUAGAUGCAUGA